AUGUCUGAAUAUGACUUCUCACUCUGCGAGCGCAACUGGUCACUAGCGAGAUAUCUUGAUUUCCCCCUACCAUCGUCCACUUCCAUGUCGCCCCCUCGAUUUGACGAAGAAAUGUCUGAUCCUAUACCAAGCUCAACACCCCCAGCCAAAAGAUCUGUCCGAACCCCAGCAUCCAGUCCAGCGUCCCGGCGCAAACGCCAGAAGCUAUCCUGGGUAGAGAAUACCCCAACCGCCACGACGGUCAAUUACAAGUCACCAGAUUAUGUACGUGAGUUGAUGGCAAGAGGUGUAUAUCAAUCAGAUGGAAAGCCAACAGAAUACCAUAUGAUGGUGGCACAACUCGAGAAGCGCCCAGCCCAUUGGCAAGACCUUCCCAGCAGAACUCUAGAUUCCUUCGACGUGAUCAUUCAGAGUAUCGGAAAUAAGGGAAGUAUUCAGGGAGGCAUUGUCCCCCUUUUGAUGGAUUAUAUUGGAUUGCUAUUAAACCCGGAAACACUGGCUGUAAUGGACAUCCCAUUUGAACAGUGUCAGCUCCCUAUCCAAUUUGAUUGCAAAAAUAUCCCAGCACCGUACCCUGAUGUCUCUGUUGGUCUCCAUCGAAGCCAGUUCAUGGACUAUAUACCAGCUCUGCACCACCUCGACGAUAUUGCUUCGCCAAUUUCAAGGACUCCCGACCUUAUAUUCCCAUGCUUUGCUCUUAAGGCGAAAGGUAACAGCGGAAGCAUAAUGGACGUAGAAACCCAGAACCGCCAUAACACAGCAAACAUGUUGUUCAACCUAAGACAGCUUUCGGUUCUCGCAAACGGUGAAGAAGCCACGCACAGAUCAUUUGACCGAACUAUCAAAGCCUAUUCGGCCACAGUAUCACAACAAGCACUUACCAUCUUUUCUCACUGGGUCGAACAGAACGAAGACAGGCAGGGCUUGACAUUCUACUCGUAUCCCGUGAAAUCUGUCGCUUUCGGUGGAUGUGGAUCAUAUGAGGAUUGGAACCGCGCCGCGAUGUACUUACAGAACGCGAUUUCCUUCACAGUCCAAAAGACGAUAAGCCAAGUCAAGGAGGACCUGCCGAGAUUGAACAAGGAAAUACUCCGGCAGAUUCACGGCCAGCCUACACAACCUACCACGACUCCCUCCAGCCCCAAAUCCAGUCAGUAG